UAGGAUUCAUACAUGUACGUGCGUGAUGAAUCACGCCGGCGCAAAAUUUGUAGUACCUUGCCCUGUUGCCCAAAUUUUAAACGCAUGUAUGCAUAAAAGCUGACCAGCAAUAGUUGUCUGGUAGUUGAGAUACACUCUUCUUCUUUGCUUACGCACCGAGUGCCCGAGUUGCGAUGUCUUCUUUUGCGGAGCAGCUACAGGCCACUAAGCGCAACAAAGCAACCACAGCGAAUGGGGGCUACCCUGCCACAUUCUCGAGUGAAGAUGUGAGGGAUAUAACUAAUGAACUCUCACAUAUGUACAGCAAAGAUAGUGCAUAUGAAACUAAAGAGAGUGUACACAUAGCAAACAGCGGUGCCUUUCACUCAUCCAAUGAUGGGCAUGACGGUCAUGCGCCGCAUCCAACUACUAAAGCAGACAGCGGGUUGUCAAAUUCAAGCGUGGAUAGACAGGAAAGAAUAGAGUCAACACGAUCACAAAACAGCCAGAAUGAAGACCUGACACGAGAAGAUAGCCGUGUCAAAUUGCGUAGUAAAGUUAGCAAUAUACAAAAUCCAGUACGGAAUACGGCAUCUGGCUUUAAGGAUCACUAUAGGAAUAGAGAAUCCCUGACGAUGGCUUCGAAUAUAUACGCCUCCAAGUAUGUUGUAAUUCGGAGCGGAUAA